AUGGCGUUCGAGUACCGGCGGCUGCUCGAGGACGACCGCGCCAAGGCGUAUCUGCGCAGCUUCGCCUCGGAGCGCAGUCGAUGGAACGAACUCGUCGAGGCCACGUUCCUCUACGGCGUGCACUGCAUUGCGCAAAACUACUCGUUGCAUGCGCUGACCACCGACCAAGUCGUCGACAUCACGCGGGCGACGCUCAAAAAGCCGCUGCAUUACCAAGCCACGCAUGCGGUCCAUGCGCGUGAGGCGGCGCCAAAGCGCGCGAUGGCGGCCAAGCCCUCGUCGUCAUGGCGGCGUGGCAGCGCGGAGGAGCCAAGCCCGAACCCUGUCACACCGGCUCCGUCCACGACCCCUGCGCCGGUGCUACCCGACGGACGCCAAGAGCUCGAGAUGUACGCGGCGCUCGUGGGCAAGCCGUGGAUGGAGGCGGCGUGGCAAUCGUUUGUGGCCACAACAGGGUAUCCGUCCAUUGACGUCGACGCCUCCGAAGACGCGUUCUAUACAGCGUACGAAGCGUUGCGCGAUGCGCCGACGCUGACGCCGCAGCCGGCGCCACGCACCUUUCUCGCCUUUGUCCGCGCCGCCAUGUUGCACGGCAUGCGCCCAAGAACGCAAGUCGCAUCCACCAUGCAAGCUGCCAUGGAAGCCAGCCCAAGCCAGCCCAGUCCUGCAAGGCUGGCAGCGACGACGAAGAGUCAGCCGAGUCCAGAAAAGACGCAAAGCACGCCGAGAGCGCGACCUCGUCCACCGGCGCCAAAGAAAGAGGCAGCGUCCAAGGUCAAGGCCGAGCUGGAGGCGCAAACGGCCAACGUGCUUCGCAUCCGUAAGAACACGACGCAACGCAUGCACGAAGCGCUCGCCAAGCACAAGCUGCAUCACAUGGAGGCGCAUGCAUCCGCGCCACCUCGCUUGAGGUCGCGCCCGCUGGCUCGCCCAGGCUCCAAAGCGCUCGAGAUCGCUGAUAUGCUGGCCGCGAGUCCGUUCUUGCAAACGGUCGAGACGUACGUCCGUUGA